UGGGAGCCCCGUAAGGCGGCGCACAAUUGUCCCAGCGUCGUCCGGGUUUGGCCUGGGUAGGCCGUCAAUGUAAAUAAGAAGUUAACUAGUCUGUUAUAACUUCGUAUCCCUCUCUCCUGAAUAAGGACGGUGAGUGUUUCUGUACAACGUGUGACGCUGAGGGGAGGAGCUGGCAAGCAAUUUCCCAAACAUUAGGAGUGCCGGUAAGGUGUCCGAAUAGCUCUGACCUAAAUCGAGCCCUGAUAGUCCUACCUCAGAUGAUGGACUUUUACGGAUAGUUUUUUUUAAUAGCACUGAAAUCAUUUUUUUAAAUGACCAUUUCUGUGCUCUGUUGUCCCAGUAAAAUGAAUCUGAUUAUUUGUAGGCAGAGCCAACUGAACGGGCCGCUUCUCAAUCCACGUAGGCUACUAUACCUGUGAAUUAAAUAUUCAUCUAUGUGUAUUUAACUUGUCUGUACUCUCUUUACAUAGUGUCUUGAAUGCAAAUAGCCAUAUGUUUUCUACAGACCAAGCACAGAGUGGGUUUUUACAUGCACACUAAUUAUUCGAUAUGAAUCUGAUUAUGCCUGAACACUCUAAACAAUCAGCAUGGGCUUGCGGUCAAAACGGCCACGCUAGAUGGCGCAUUCCGAACGUUAACGCCAAAUAUCACCCUUCCAGGCUUUUGUUGACUAUUUGUUUUACCAGACAGACAGCAUCCUUUGCAUUGUUCAUGGAUGCAACGUUCCCUCCCAUCCGGUAGAGGGUGCUGGGCAGUAUGAUGGCGAGGAGCGCUGUGUUUUUACAGCACUUGCUUUGCUGCUGUUUAGUGCGCUGUCCACUUCAGCACCAGGCAGGAGAAAAGUCAGCUCGAGAUUGGGAAUCCAGGACCACGGACAAAUCCUUCAUAAGAGGACGGCACCACUCAGCGUCACACGUUGUCCGAAAUACAGAAACACUCACCGCUGUCGGCCGUCCAACAAUUCCCUUGUUCAGGAGUGAGGGGUACGAAUAAGAACGUCGUCACCAUGUACGAUGGGGCGAGGGUGCCUUCCCCCCAGGACAUUGUUAACGGUGUGCUUCCUACGGCUGUGGCCGUGGCAGGAACAGGAGCCGGGGAGGGCGGGUCAGUGCCGGUACCCGCCCCGGCUGUGGGGCCCAAUCCAGAAGAAGAGGAGGUUCCAGAGGAGGAGCCUAGUCCGGAACCUGUCCUAGUGAAGAAGGCCCACAGGGAGAUCCUAGACCAUGACAGAAAGAGGAGGGUGGAGCUGAAAUGCAUGGAGCUCCAGGAGAUGAUGGAGGAACAGGGGUACUCUGAGGAGGAGAUCAGGCAGAAGGUCGGCACCUUCAGACAGAUGCUGAUGGAGAAAGAAGGAGUGAUCACCAGAGAGAGAGCACACACUGACCCGACGGUCAAGGUCCAUGGUGAGGUGCAGACAGACCCAGCAGAAGGUUACCAUGAGGACGGCGAAUGGCACGGAGAUAAAGAUGGUUAUAGAAUAAAGAGGAACUCUAGCAACUCUCCAUCUCCUCGACCAAAGAAGAGGAAGAAGAAGAAGCGUGCGGUCAGAAGGAGUCGGUUUGACAGUUCAUCUCCCUCCCGCAGAGAGAAGAAGAAGAAGAGUGGGAAAAAACACAAGCGAGACAGGUCGACGUCUGGUCAUAGGAGAAAGAGGAGAUACAGAUCGGGUAGCCCGAAGAACAAACAGAAAGACAAAACCAGAAAGAGGUCCCCAUUAGAGUCCCCCAGUAGGACGUCUCAGCGUAGAGGCAGCUGCUGUAGCUCCCACAGUGCGUCACUCUCCUCCACAGGCCACAGCCCCUCCAAGUCCCUCGGCAGGCCCAACUCCAAGCACAAGACAGAAGGACACGAGGCCUGUGUGAGCCCGUCCCCAUCUCCCGGUCCUGACGGUCCUGUCACGUGGCACAACGGGCACCACCACCACCGCGACCGCGGCUGCAACGGCAAGGCGGGCAGACUCAACAGCCACGCGGUCGAGGAGGACAAGGAGCUAGAUAAGCUGAGAAUGCUGACUGCUGUUUCUCCGGGAGCCCAGUCGACCACGAUACUGCCACAACUGAGAGGAGGAGAGAACAAGGCCCACACUGCCCUCUACAGGGCCCCAGGAAGUACUGCUGCCCAGGCUGGAGAGGCCCUACAUGGGGAGGACAGGCAGACGACGGACCUGGGGUCGUCAGGGAGAUGGGGAGGUCACAGAGUCCAGGGGAAGCGCUCCCAUUCGCCGACUCACAGCAGUGACUCCGCCCACUCUCAACAUAACCUGCAUCCUCACAGAGAAAAGAGCUCUCACCAGAAGAAGACUAAAAGAUCCCACUCUUCCAAGCGUCACCGCCGUGGGGGUCGGGGACAGGCCCAUCACCAGAGGCUGUCUGCAUCCCCAGGGCGGCACCACCAUGCGUCUGGGUCAGGCACCAAGAAGAGUGAGUCUCGGGGGCGGGGCGGUGUCGGUGUCCGCCAGCGCAGCAGCUCCUGGAGCUCAGGACGGUCCUCAUCAUGCUCUGCCUCCAGAGAGAGAGGCCCCAGCAAGGCCAAGUCCCUCCACAUCCAUGCCAGACAGAACAAUUCCAGUUUUUCCGCUAAGGACAGAGAUAGUCCUCACCACUCUGACGCUGACCGUGCUCACCGUCGUUCCAGGAGCUACUCUCCCAUCAGGAAGAGGAGACGAGACUCUCCCAGCUUCAUGGAGGCUCGCAGAAUCACCAGCGCUCGGAAGCGGCCUAUCCCGUACUACCGCCCCAGCCCUUCCUCCUCCAGUUCCAUGUCAAGCCCCUCCCAUUCAGGGAGGAGUCGCAGCCGCAGCUACAGCUGCAGUCACAGCAGCACCAGGAGCCACAGCCGCUCACGCAGCCCCAGGAGCCACAGCCGCUCACGCAGCCCCAGGAGCCACAGCCGCUCACGCAGCCCCAGGAGCCACAGCCGCUCACGCAGCCCCAGGAGCCACAGCAACUACAGUCGUAGCAGCUAUGAAAGCCCCGGCUUCUGAUGAGACAGAGACUGAGAGAGGGAGAGUUG